AUAUGUAGUAUAUUUUCAUGAAUUUCAUUAUUUGGGUACGUAUUUAGAACAUUAUUCUCCGCUAAUCACUAAAAAAAAUAAGUAGAAUAAAUAGUAUAAACAUUGAAGAUUCAAUUGAGAGAAUCGAUUAUUAGUAUCGAUAACUAUCAAAUCGUUUGUUUGAAAGCUAUUUAGAGACCGCCAAGUUCAGCGAAUUAGAGUGACUACACGUGAAGAAGUAUAACGUUCGAUGUACAGUGUCCUGAAAAAUGUUUUUCGUGAAUGUUUUUAUUGCAUUUUCUGUCAUAUCAGGCGCCUCAAUGCAUAAAUUAAAUGUGCCGAGAGUUUUGCUACCGGUAUUUAAUGAUUUUGCUGUAAAUUUUACACUUGAAGUUACCGAUGGUGCUUGUUACCACUGGUCAACAUCACGACUCGAUAUUAUCCAAUUGAUUCCCAUAAAUGAGAACGUCGAAAGAACUUGUUCUUCUGCUAUAUUAAUUCAAACAAUAACAAGAGAAUCUACUAGGAACACUGCAAUAGUAUUAGCAGAAGAUGUUAAUACUGGACAAUUUUUGAGAUGUGAUGUUAUAGUUGAUGCCAUUUUUUCUUUAAAUCUUGUAACAACAACGAGAGAACUGUAUAUAGAAGAAGCACCAGAAGCAUUUGAAGUACGUGCUUAUGAUGAACAAGGAAAUGAAUUUACAACUCUUGCAGGAGUGGAAUUCUUCUGGAGUAUAGACAAUGCUGACAGGCACAUAUCAGAUUCUAAAAUACCAAACGAUGUAUUAAGAUUCAUGACCUAUCAGGAAUCACAUUAUGAAACCCCACCGACGAUUGCUGCAUUAGAUGCACUUGGCAAGAAGGGACAUGUUGUAUUACUCGAAGGCAUAAAAACUGGUACAGCAAAAGUUUCGGUGAGACUAUCUUAUCCAGAAUAUAAACAUGUUCCACCAAUAGAAGUUGAGUUGAUUGUAAUAGCCAAUUUAAUUAUCAUUCCAUCGGAUAUAACGAUCAUGACGUACGAUAGCUUUAAGUAUAAAAUAAUGCAAGCUCGUCAAGGUCGUUUAGAAGAAAUAAGUUUGCCAUCCAGUCAAUACUAUUUAGAGGCAGAAAGUCCCGAUGUGUUGGAAAUAGACAAUGAUCACGAUUUUGCAUAUGCCAAAUCCUUGGGGCGAACUAAAGUAUUCUUACAUGAUAAAAAUGUCCGUGAUGAAUACCCUGUUAUUUUACCAUCUGCUACAGUUAAUGUAAAUGACGUAUCUUACAUAACUCUUGUAGUUUUGCCUAACAGAAAUUGGGGUUUGAUACUUGGUCAUACACACGAAAUUGUAGUUGAAUUAUAUGAUGCCAAAGAUCAUAAAUUUCACAUUGGAGAAGGUGUCGAGGUGUCAGUAAAAUUAGAUGAGCAUUAUUUUGAGCCAAAUUUAAUAACGCAAAAUGGUACAUAUAUCGUUGGUGUACCUAUCGCAUGUGGAACAAUGACUGUUGAGGCUACCUUAUAUGGCAUAAUAAAUAAAUAUGGUAAAAAAGUUUCUCUCGUUACGAGGCCUACCACAAGAGCUGAGUUUCUGAUUCAUACUCCUGUCAUUAUCCAACCUAAAGUAUUGGCUGUGCCAUGGGAUUUUAAAGCUAAGUCAAGAUAUGAUAUAGUCUUAAAAGCAAGUGGAGGAGAUGGAUCUUAUGUAUGGUCGACUAAGCAUCCAUCUAUAGCAACAGUUUCACAAAACGGUGGAAUGAGAAUUUUGGCAACUGGUGUAACAGAAAUAAGUGUCGCAAUGACAAGAAACCAAUAUAAUAAAGAUACAGCAAGAGUAUACGUAUUAUCCCCUGCAAAAUUAAAAGUGAUUGAAUACAGCAUGGAAGCUGCUGUAGGAGAAUCAAUUUACCUGCACAUUGCAUUGUAUGGAAAGUUAAUUAACGAAACAGACUCCAAAGAAAUUCCUUUUAACGACUGUCGAGAUAUCAAUUUCGAAACGUACAUUCCAGACGGCAAUUUUGUACAAAAUGAUAGCAAAUCUGUGGGACCUAUCGGUAUUGCAUGCGCCGUUAUAGCGAUUACCAGUGUAGAUACCGGGACAUCCGAUGUAACAGUAGUUUACAAUGCCAAUGGUCAAUAUUUAACCGAUAAUAUUACUGUAACAGCCUAUGAUCCUUUAAUAGCAUUACACCCGAGCAGUAAGGAGAGUUUACUAACUGUGGGUUCAUCAAGGAAAAUAGUCUUUAGAGGUGGACCUCAUCCACAGUCUACUAAGCCACAAAGUUACUUAAGGAAAAUUCAGGUGUCGGAGAGAAAAAUUGCCGAAGUAAUCGAAUAUGAGGAUUCGUCGCUUGGAUUAUAUGAUUUAUCCGUAUUCGAAGUAAUGUGCAGAGCCCUUGGGGAAGUGGAUGUAACGUACACAAUUUCAAAUGUUCCUUUAUUACCGAAUUGCAAGAGUACUAGCGCUUCCGAAACAGUAAGAAUUAUUUGCGGUAAACCCAGAAACAUUUAUCUUCAGCCUGAAUUUAAAGACAGUAAGAAUUGUCCUAUAAGCUUAAAUACGGAAAGAAUAAUGGCACACAGCGAUAAAAAUCUGAAACUUAUCACGAUAGUAAAAGAUGAGGAAGGUAGAACUUUCGAUAAUAUUACAAGUUUACACAUAGAUUGGCAUCUAAAACCCUCUAGUAUAGGUUUCGUGGAAAUGCCUUCUACUUCCAUAGAAGAAACAAUUACGGAUAUGCACGUAAUUUUACCAAAAAAUUACUACCAAAAUGUAAUUUUUAAGAAGCACUCGGGUUCGCUUACGUUAACGGCAACAGUUAAAGACUACCAAAAAUAUAUAUUGAGUAAAUUUAAAAUAAUACCUGAAUGGCCACCUUUUGCAAUUGAAACUGAAAGGAAAAUCUAUGAAACACCUCUUAUAGAAUCUACUAUAGAAAUAAUUCUAGUUAAUGAUACUAAUAUCACUCCUAAUAAGUUAAUGAUAUUAAAUGAUCCUACUGCAAAAUAUUAUUUGCAAGUUAGUCAAGGGUCCGGUUACUAUGAAUUUGUGUUAAACGCAGAUGAUAUUGCAGACGUUCGAUAUAUAGAGUCAUCGAAAGCAAUUAGUCUUACUCCGAAAAAGUAUGGAAUACUUAAUUUAUCUUUAGUAGAUCUUUGCUUGCCCUCGAAACCAGCCGAAGCUAUAAUAGAAGUGCAGCAACUUGCCGUAAUAGAGGUAGAAGCGGUAAACAAAGUUGAGAAAGGAAAAUGCAUAAAAAUUGCACUGAAGCUGUAUGACACUAAUGGUCAUAUUAUAAAAUUGCCGUCUUUAAACGCUUUAGAAUUUAAAGCAGAAAUUGAUAACGAUUUCAUAGACGUAAAACUGUUACCCGCUAGUGAACAGGGUAAUCUUCCUUACGAUCAAUUAUGGUAUAUGAUACACGGAAUAACUGAGGGAGAGUCUCAACUAACUUUUGUUAGCAAAGGAGGUGAUAAGGAGAUUCAAAGUGAAGCUACAACGGUUCAAGUCUUUCUUCCUUUGCGAGUUUUCCCGAGAAAUUUAACAAUAUUAGUAGGAACUGUUUAUCAAGUACAAACAACAGGAGGACCGUCGAAUGCAGAAAUCGAAUUCUCCACGAAGAAUAAUGAUGUUUUAAAUGUUGAGUAUAAUGGCAUAUUUGAAGGAAAAUCAGUUGGUCAGGCCGAGAUCAUUGUAAAAUCUGUAGGCCUUAAUGCCAAGGGCAAUAAAACCACUUACUCCGAAGACUGUGCAGGUAUACAUGUACUUUAUUUGGAAGGAAUUAAAAUCGUUGUGCCAACAAGUAGAGUUAAAGUAGGCGCAACAUUUCCGCUUUGGGCAUUUGGUAUACCAGAACAUUUAACUCCUCUUAUUAUUGGAUCUAUGCAACUACCAUUAAGUUUUAUGUGGUCGUCCAGUGAUACCAAUUUAGUAUCUUUACACAAUAUGUAUGAAGGAACUGGUAUUAAUAUCAGAUAUCAAAAUGAGGUUUCUUUGAGAGCAAAAGCGAUCAGUCCAGGAUUGGCAACGAUUUAUUUGAAUGUUACAAUGCCACCUAACAUGUUGGGCGGCUUUAAGAAUGAGUACAGUACGUCUGUAAAAGUUGAAAUUUUCGAGGAAUUACGUUUAAUGCAUCUAGGAUUGCCCAUUAACGUACCGGUGAUAUUAAUGUCUCCAAAUUCUAUAUUAAAAUUGCAAACAAAUCAUGAUAAGCAUGGUUCGACUAGUUAUAAAGUAUUGUCGACUAUGCAUGGAAGUGAUUCAGAAGAUACACACGCUCUAACACCUGCAUCAAAAACCGUUACCAUUGACAAAAAUGGUAUUAUAAGGGCCGGUGAAAAUCUUGGAAAAAUAGUCAUCUCUGUAGUGAAUGUAGAAGCCUAUAAUUUGAAACAGUCAAUAACUGUUAUUAUUGAGGUCAAGCCCAUCCAUUAUAUGAUGUUGUCUUUAAAAUCAAUUUUGCGAAUUCGAAAUGGAGAAGAAUUAAAUAUGUUACCUAAGGGUAUGGAACUGGAUUAUGUUCUCGAAUAUUAUGAUACCGUUGGAAACAAAUUUCAUGCUGCUGGAGUUGAUGCAAAAACUGUAGUUAACCGGGCUGAUCUCGCGUUAUUCACAAAGAGUGCUGAAAAUGUAGUCACUGCGAAAUUCAUCGAGAACGGUGACCUUGUCGUAAAGGCGUACAAUGAGAAAUACCCUAAUACUAUGUUCGAUUAUGUACAUAUGAUGAUUGGUGACAUAGUUUUUCCAACAAAGACAACAUUAACAGUGGGCGAUAUAGUGUGCUUCUCAAUGCCUCUUUUGUCUUCUGAUGGGGAUCCUGGUUACUGGCAAUCUUCUACUCCUGAAGUGCUGACUGUAGAUCCUAUCAUGGGAAUUGGUCGAGCGAAAAGUGUUGGCUAUGUGGUUGUAAAGCAUAGUCUUGCAACGCAUAUGCAGGGUGAAAUAGAAGUUAAUAUUCAACCUAUUGCAAAGGUGUCAAUUGUUCCAUUAAGAGGCCGAAAUAUUACCGGCACAGAAAUGUUUAGUGUUCCCCUUGUACUCAAAAGUAAGGAUGAACAAGUUAAGGAAAACAAUGUGUUGUCUAGAGGAUUAGGUGGCUGUAGAUCACUCAGUUCAUUUACCGUAAAUUCAUUUCCAUACACGUGUAAUUUACAAUUUGUUUCAUCAGCUUCUUCUAUUGGAGUAAAAGACUUAUUCCUUGUCAAACCGCGGUUCGACAUUACAACUGGUUUUUAUUAUUGUGAUGUUAUUCCAAUGGGUUCCCCAAACAUUGCGUCUAGCACGUUAGAAAGUCGUAUACAAAUAAGUGCACAGAGUAAGGAUAUAGAGGCUACACCUUUAGAAGUCACUUAUCUUCCUCCUGUUUAUAUUGAUGCUAAGGAAAUCGUUUUUUUUAAUAUUCAUUCUCAAACUAUCCCGACCGCAACACUUGAGAUAUACGGCUUGCCAUUAGUGUUAGAUCACCUGAAUAUUGAUGUACCGGAUGGAAUGACUGUAAGUGCGCAACAGUACAUUUCAAAAUCCACGAUGCAGUAUAAACUCCGCUUGAUGCAUAAUCAAGAAGAAAUUCAAGGUCAAAAAGUAUUCAUUGCAAACGAUAUCACAAAGCAAAAUAUAUCUCUUUUUGUACGCGUAACAAAAUACGAAAAUUUCAUGCCAUUAUCUGGAAUCCAUUGGGUAGAUUACAUGUAUUUCCAUCGUUAUACAUUUGGAACAUUUGCUGUUAUUGUGAUUACUUUCUUUUAUAUAUGGAAAAAUAAAAUGGCAAACAUCGAUUUGAAUAUAAAGAAUAGGGCAGUUUUCGCCGAUAAGUGUCCACCACAAUUGAAAAAAACCAGUACUCCAUGUUCACCUAUAUUAAACAGUACAAAUAUGUCUAUUCCACGAAGUCCAACUACACCUAUGAGACCGUUCUCUGCAUUUGAUUCUGUUUACGGUGAUCCUCGUGGUCCUUAUUCAUCAAGUAAACGAAAUAGAUCAUUGAAUGCGUAAUAAGAAACUUGAUAAACAGAAGCGAAAAAAAAUGUCGCGCAUUGUAAAGAUAUAGUGUACUUAUUAAUGAAAUUAUAUGUAUGUAUUAAGUACGUCUUUUUUUUUAAACAAAUAUUCGAUCAUCAAACAGGUGCCUUAUAGCAGCAAGUUUAUUUUCAUUAAUAUUAUUGUUCACAUAUAAUUCUUAUGACAGUAAUGUUACUGUUAGAUAGUAACUAUAAGAUAAUGUACAUACAUUCUGUAAUAUAAAGUUUAUGUUAGAUAAUUUUGUAUGUAACACACAAGUCAUCUGUUAUGUUUUAAGUAUAAGUUGGUUAAACUUGUUUCACAGAUUCAAGGUAUAUGGUUCCUAGUCGUAUAACUACUAAUUUUUGUAAUUACUAAUUCCAAAUAAUACUACACAUUUAGUUUAGUUGCUUGAUGUAUGAUACGAUCUCAAGUAACAAUGCAAGGACAAUAUUCGUUUCUUAUUCACUGCGAUUAAUCAAAAUACUUGUAAUAUUUUGUCAUUUUCAUAUUGUUUGAAUCUAAUUCACGUGUACCACAUUUUUUACGUUUUUUACUAUACUAUAAUAAGCAGCAUGUAAUUUUCGUUUGUACAUGAAAAAAGAUACUUCAGUGAAAAUAGGUAAUAUUAGAAUGAGACUAUGUAAACAUGUAUUAUUUGCCAUAAAUAAAUGAUUUGUAUAAUUUA